CAGGCAGGGAGUUUGGGCUGCUGCGUCCAGCUGUAGAAACCACAGUGGCAGAGAAGACCUGCCUCCCCUCCCUGGAGUCCUGAGGUAGCAAGGGGAGUGGCCAGACAGAGGAGAUCUUUCUUGUAGCACCCUCUGGAGAGUUCCUGUUUUAUUUAUUAGCUGCCAUUUUCCCUCCUCUGCCCCAGGAAAAGUGCUGACUCCACACUGUGCAGCCAGCACCCGGAGGUGGGCAUCUGUCAAGCCCACUCUUUGUCCCUGUCCCACUUAACUUCAUUUAACCCCUGCAUUCUCCUGCGCUACAAGGUAAAGACCGAGAGUUCGUUACAGCAGGAGUAAUUUUUCAGAAUCACAGCAACUUUAUGAAAAAAAAAUGGUAUCCUUUGAUUGUGUAAUGGUAAUAAGCAUUAUUGACUUGGGUUGACUGUAGUAGCUACUGUCUUUUCAGCACUGAGCAGAGCGGUCUCAUUUAAUCCUUACAGCAAUCUGAGGUGGGAGUUAUGGGCUCUUUUUAUAAGAUGGGAACUCUGAGGCUUAGGAUGAUGAGGUUAUCCAUCCACGUUCACAAUGGUGGUCAGUGGCCAGCGAGAACCCCUAAUGCCCAUCUCUGAAGCCCAUGUGUGAGCAGCCAGAUUGCAGAGAGAGGCUACAGUGUCUCUUUACUCAUAAUUAUCUGUGGUCUAGGUUGCCAGAAAACACGUGUGAUCAAAGUUCUCUUCUAGAGCUGCUAAUUCUGGCGCAGUUCACGUUCAGGCCAGGACCCUGGUUGCACUUGGGAAGAAACACAUCAGUACAUGGUGAAGACGAGAGUGUAUUCCCUGCAAGAGUGGAACAUAGGAACCUGAAACAAGAAGUACAGUCACUUUCCAGGCACCCGAUGUUUAACUCUGCUUGUGGAGGACAGAAUGCUUUCCAGACCAGCCUCAGAAAAGAAGCUGUUAGUUGCAUUGCAGGCCGCAAUGAGCCCCUGAAGAAGGAGCGGCUCAAGUGGAAGAGUGACUACCCCAUGACCGACGGGCAGCUGCGGAGCAAGCGAGACGAGUUCUGGGACACGGCGCCCGCCUUCGAGGGCCGCAAGGAGAUCUGGGAUGCCCUCAAGGCCGCCGCCUACGCUGCCGAGGCCAACGACCACGAGCUGGCCCAGGCCAUCCUGGAUGGAGCCAGCAUCACCCUGCCUCAUGGCACCCUCUGUGAAUGCUACGACGAGCUGGGCAAUCGCUACCAGCUGCCCAUCUACUGCCUGUCGCCGCCCGUGAACCUGCUGCUGGAGCACACCGAGGAGGAGAACCUGGAGCCCCCCGAGCCCACCCCCAGCGUGCGCCAUGAGUUCCCGCUGAAGGUGCGCCUGUCCACGGGCAAGGACGUGAGGCUCAGCGCCAGCCUGCCUGACACGGUAGGGCAGCUCAAGAGGCAGCUGCACGCCCAAGAGGGCAUCGAGCCGUCCUGGCAGCGAUGGUUCUUCUCCGGGAAGCUGCUCACAGACCGCACACGGCUCCAGGAGACCAAGAUCCAGAAAGAUUUUGUCAUCCAGGUCAUCAUCAACCAGCCCCCGCCACCCCAGGACUGAUGGGCCCACGGACCGCAGGGAAGAGAGGCCCCUGUGGGGCUGAACGGCCCCCUCUGGAGCACUAGGCCCCGCCCUGCUGCUGCCUUCGAGUGCUGUUAGUCCUCCAGCCUGGCGUGUGGCUGCUGGCUGAGCCGUGAAGGGACCAUGCUUCCCAGGGCACCCAGGGAGCAGGCUGCCACACACAGGCCUUGCAGCCUUGUCGGAGAGGAGGUGAACGAGGGCCUCUACCCUGUCUCUCUCCCGCAGCAGGUUCCAGCCACGAGGGCCAGCCAGGAGGCCCCUGGAGCCCAGAUCUGUCAUCUGGUGCUGCCGGCUGUGCUCACUCCGGUUUUCUGCUCAGGGUCUGAAGCAGCUGCUGUCUCCCUCCUCUGUCCCUACCCCUGGCUCUGCUCUGGGCACAGUGCCAGUCCCCUACAGGGGGAGGGAACCACCAGUGAGCCCCAGGGCUCCGGGAGCCUGAGGCGGGCCUUUGCCUCCCUGCCCCCAGCACAAUCGGCAGAGACGAGGCGGUGGGGGCGCUGGGCUGUUGAGGCAGGGGUCUGCACAGGGCCUUCUCCUGGCUAUAACCCAGGCGGCAGAGUCUGCAGCCUGGUUAUGGCCCCACAGCAGGUCCCUGUGUACAGACAUAUCUGCAUAUUUAUCAAUAAAGCCUUUUGCUCCUUCUC